GGCGGUAUAUGGUUGGCUCUUCUCCGGAGAAUGCUCAAUGAUCGAUGGGGAAUCAUGAACAGCUCAUCGGAACUCGAAGACGGGCAGCGGGGCAAAACCCAGAGGAUGAGUUGUAGCUAUUUGUUAUGUACCAUCCUUCUCUUCGUGGCCGUUCUCCUUGCAGUCACAGUGACAGGAACCAUUCUUCUUAUGAACCACUACCAGGCUCCACCGAUGUCAGAUGGCCCGCCCCAUAUUACCACCAAUCAAGAUGAAGCCAAUGCAUUGGUGACAGUCGAGAGGGGUGAUGGAUCACGCAUCAAUAUCUUUAUCGACCCAAACUGUCCUGAUUAUAACAGUAACUUCCUGCGACUGGAAGGUGUGCAGACAUCUUUGCUGCACUCCCUUACUGACCACGAUACGGAUCUCAAAUCUGUCAAAGGUCAGGAUCGUGCGCUGUUGGUCAACUUGGCAGAGGAAGUGGCUAAGCUGUCUGCCCAUGCAGGCCAGCUAAAGAUGGACUAUGAGUCUCUGAGAAGAGGGCAAAGCAACCUGGGACAGGACUUGACCACAUUGCAGACUGAACAGAGUCGACUUAUACAGCUGCUGUCCGAGAGCCAGAUUAACAUGGUGAAGGUUGUAAACUCUGUGAGUGAUGCUCUGAAUGUCAUGCAGAAGGAUACAGGUGGUUUCAAGGCCAGAGUGAAGGCUGAUCUGCAGAGGGCACCAGUCAGAGGAGUUCGCCUUAAAAGCUGUGCAAAUGGCUCUCGUCCACGAGACUGCAGUGAUAUAUAUGUUAGUGGUCAGAAGGAAGAUGGCAUCUACUCAGUUUUUCCCACUCAUUACCCCACCGGCUUUCAGGUCUAUUGUGAUAUGAGCAUUGACGGAGGUGGCUGGACGGUGAUCCAGCGGAGGGAGGAUGGCUCUGUGAACUUCUUCAGGGAGUGGGACUCCUACAGAGAAGGAUUUGGCAAAAUCACUGGAGAGCACUGGCUCGGUUUGAAACAGAUCCAUGCUCUGUCUAUCCAAGGGAACUAUGAAUUGCGUAUAGAUCUUGAGGACUUUGAAAACAGCACAGCUUUUGCGCAGUAUGGCGUGUUUGGAGUUGGACUAUUCUCUGUUGAUCCAGAGGAUGAUGGUUACCCACUAACCAUCGCUGAUUACACUGGCACUGCAGGGGAUUCUUUGCUAAAGCACAACGGAAUGAAGUUCACAACGAAAGACCGUGACAAUGAUCAUUCAGAGAACAACUGUGCUUCGUUCUACCACGGUGCCUGGUGGUAUCGCAACUGCCACACCUCCAACCUAAAUGGUCAAUAUCUGCAUGGACAGCACACCUCUUACGCUGAUGGAAUUGAGUGGUCAUCCUGGACUGGAUGGCAAUACUCGCUAAAAUUCACAGAAAUGAAGAUUCGUCCAACGCGUGAAGAGAGGGAGAGCCAGUAAAAAGCAAAACGAAAAUGGUCAAAUAAUUUCACGUGCUAGGAAGUAAAAAAAUGAAGAAAACCACAAAAAAAUACAUGUUUAAAAGACUUAAAUAUUGAACUUACAAUGUGGGGAAACAAAAAGGACUAUUGUGUUGCUGAUACCUGAAAGAGAGCUCAUAUUGAUUGAUUAGCACUUUUUGUUUUCUGUUUUGUUUAUUAAUUGGCAGAAAUGUUGCAGUAUUAUGCGACUAAGGUCAACUCUCCAUUAAGUCCUCGUGUUUGAAGAAGGAGGGUACUACAAAAGAAGGAAGUGGUGGAGUAUGCAGAGGAUGAGAGGGAAAUGAGAGAGGGGGUGAGCAGGGGAGGUUGCUGCGGGUGUUUGUCUCUGAAAGAGGAACUCAUCUAUCUGACAGGCCAUUAGCGAACAUAUUGGCCACUUUGUUUGAUUGCAAUUGCCAA